GAGGUUGCAUAGUUGGUUCCUCCAUUGAAUACCACCAAAAGCCGGACGCUUCACAAAUCCCAAAGCAGCCCCGAUUAACGACACAGGACACACACUACAGCACAACACCACCAUCAGCAGUUACACACUAAACACGAAAAAAGAAAGCGCGACACUUUUUAACUUUUGAUUCCCAAAAAAAGAGGGAAAAACCAAACACCAACACCACAACACUUGCAACCAACUUUCAACUUCUAACUCCAACUCCAAUUUAGGGUUCCAUUCCAUCCGUACACCUUCAUCUUCUUCUUCUUCUUUACAUGCAAGCAGCGAAUUCCCACAUUCAUCCUUAUAGAUGUACUCCAGCAAUUUGACUGGGUUCGUGUUGGCGUUGGUUUCUAGCGCCUUCAUCGGUUCCAGUUUCAUCAUCAAGAAAAAGGGCCUUCAACGCGCACGCGCCAAUGGCCCUCGUGCCAGUGUUGGAGGCUAUGGUUAUCUGCUUCAGCCUCUCUGGUGGCUCGGAAUGAUUACUAUGAUUGUUGGAGAGAUUGCUAAUUUCGUAGCAUACAUCUAUGCUCCAGCUGUUCUUGUUACUCCUCUUGGUGCUUUGAGUAUUAUAGUUAGUGCUGUGUUGGCACAUUUCAUGCUUAAGGAGAAGCUGCAGAGAAUGGGCAUGCUGGGGUGUCUUAUGUGCAUUGUGGGAUCGACUGUUAUUGUGCUCCAUGCGCCUCAAGAGAAGUCUCUUACUUCUGUUCAAGAAAUUUGGCUAUUGGCUGUUCAACCAGCAUUCCUCUUGUACACUGCCUCUGCUAUGGCUGUAACAUUAUUCUUGAUCUUGUAUUGUGUUCCGCGCUAUGGCCAAACUAAUAUUCUCGUUUAUAUUGGAAUAUGCUCUGUCAUUGGAUCCUUGACUGUCAUGAGUGUUAAAGCAAUCGGAAUUGCUAUAAAACUUACAUUAGAAGGUGCAAAUCAGCUUGUCUACUAUCAGACAUGGAUCUUUCUGAUGGUCGCUGUUUCCUGCAUCAUUACUCAAUUAAAUUAUCUUAACAUGGCAUUGGAUACAUUUAAUACUGCAGUUGUGUCUCCAAUCUAUUAUGCCUUGUUCACAUCUUUUACAAUAUUAGCUAGUGCAAUCAUGUUUAAGGAUUAUUCUGGUCAAAGUAUAAGCAGCAUUGCAUCAGAGCUAUGUGGUUUCAUCACUGUAUUAUCUGGCACAGUAGUAUUGCAUAGUACAAGAGAGCCAGAUCCUCCAGUCUCUACAGAUUUGUAUAGUCCGUUGUCCCCGAAAGUAACAUGGUAUAUCCAAGGCAAUGGUGAGUCUUGGAAACAAAAGGAAGAAGACGGGUCACCACCUUUUAACUUAAUUACGGUUGUACGGCAAGAUCAUUUCACGUGAUACUAGAUUAUUAAGUGGUAGAACUGCAAAUUACAAUCACCUAAUGCUGCCGUUGAGUUAGACACAGCUCACAUACUCCAAUGACAUUUUUCUUCGGUUUAUUCUAUAUUAAGCUACAUACAUGUGGCAGUAUUACUCUGUGACUCCAUCUAUCUAGUUUUGCAACAAGUUUCAAGAGGCUCCUAUCACAUUGUUUUGGUAGACAAGUCGUGCUUCCGUUUUUCGGAGGAUGUUUGUUUUCGUGGCAGCGUGUGAAAUGAAAGCUCGUGCGCACAAUCACCAAAAAUUCUUUCUUGGGUGGUUUUUCUCUUAGUUUGUAUUUUUUGUUGUAUUGUUAUUAUUUUGCAUUAUUUUUACCCUCUUGUGCUUUUUUCCCAAGUUGUAUCCCCCCACUUAGUUGAUUUUUGUGUUCAUAUUCUGGUGUUCCUCUGAUUGUGGGAGCUAAUUCAUGUAAAUUAAUUAGUGUAAAUUUUAAUUAUUUAACUAGUUAUU